UAGCAUGCCUUGAUAAUCAUCCAAGCUUUGAUUUGCUUGUUGUAUGUUGUUUUCAACCCAGAUCUGCUCAAUAAGGCCAUUUAAAGCUUCACGCAUCUUCUUAGCUCUAGCUCGCGUGACUGGACCUCCUUGGGUGUGUAAUGGAUCACAUGACGUGGUAGAUAUGCUGUCGUCUUGAUUCCCAUCAUGAUGCAUAUGGCGAUGAAAGUAGAAUGGCAACUCAAGCGUAAAGGAGCUGCCAGCAGAACUGGGCAAAAUUUAGGUUCCUCAUCUUCUUGGAAACUGAAUUGGAGCAAAAAGGAAGAAAAUUCUGCUUUUAAGCUUAAAACUACAACAUCUAAGUCAAAAGAAGUUGUCAAUAAUGAGAAGAGUCAAGUGUUUAAGCCUAAAACAGAUAAUACACAAGGCAGAACCCAAGACAUCAAGUGUUUUCGAUGCUUGGGAAGGGGGCAUGUCGCAUCACAAUGUCCUAAUAAGCACACGAUGAUCUUGAGAGAAGAUGGGGAAAUUGAAACUGAGGGUGAAUUUGAUGAUGGAUCUAUGCCACCAUUAGAAGAUGCUAAUGAUGGUGUGGAAUAUGCCGUUGAUGGAGAACUGCUCGUCACCAGGCGAGCUUUGAAUGUGCAAGCCAAAGAAGAUGAUGAAAACUUCAAGGACAUGUUUCUAGAGGACAUCCUUAAUGGUUUACCACCAGUAAAAGGAAUUGAGCAUCAGAUUGACUUCAUUCCAGGUGCAACAAUUCCAAAUCGACCAGCAUAUCGAAGCAACCCCAAUGAGGUGAAAGAACUUCAAAAACAGGUUGAAAUCAUGAAGAAGGGGCAUGUGAGAAAAAGCAUGAGUCCAUGUGUAGUUCUAGUGCUACUUGUGCCUAAGAAGGAUGGGACUUGGCAUAUGUGCAUUGAUUGUCGCACUGUCAACAAAAUCACUGUAAAGUAUCGUCACCCUAUUUCUAGAUUAAAUGACAUGUUAGAUGAACUGCAUGGUUCUUCAUCCUAAUCUGAUGUAAAAUUGAUUUAAAAAGUGGGUAUCAUCAGAUUAGGAUGAAGGAAGGUGAUGAAUGGAAAACCACCUUUAAAACAAAACAUGGUUUAUAUGAGUGGUUAGUUAUUCCAUUUGGAUUAACUAAUGCACCUAGUACAUUCUGGCGAUUAAUGAAUCAUGUUUUGCGUG